GCCAGUUUUUGCUUGUCAGUUGUAGGCUUUACCAAAUUUCUUCAUUGGCACGAGUCGCUUUUCGUUUUGAUGUACAUAUAUUAAAUGUACAUAGCUACUAAAUAUUGUAUUUGCUAUUUAAAUACGCAUUGUAUUGUGUGGCAGUGAUAACCUUUGCCAUCUGUCCGGACGCUUACGAGGUUGCUGCAAAUUAUUUGAAUCAAUAAUUCGGUGAUAAGCUCUCUUGCCAUAAAUAUUAUUGCUCAUUAUAAUAGUGGACGUGAAGCGCACCGGACGGCAAAAGCGGUAGCAUCGGCUAUUCAACUUGGUGGAAAAGCAAGCAACAUAGAGCUAUAGGAGAAUGGCUUCAAUCACAAGGUUCGCACGUUUUAGCUUGCAGCUUAGUAGUGUAGCUACAAAGAGACUACGCUCGACGCCCACCACAUUUUGUCAACAGUGGCGUGCCUUCAAUGUGAGCAGUUUCUUGUUGGCAGCACGUCGCUAUACGGAAAAACAUGAAUGGGUGUUUGUGGAGGGAACAACGGCCACAGUUGGCAUUUCAGAGUAUGCACAAGAUGCGCUUGGUGAUGUGGUCUUCGCACAGUUGCCGGAUCCAGGUACGGCGCUACAGCAGCACGAUGAAUGUGGUGCAUUGGAAAGCGUGAAGGCGGCAAGUGAGGUGUAUUCACCAAUUAGUGGCAAAGUAACUGAAAAGAAUAGCACUGUUGAAGAGACACCUGGUUUAAUUAAUAGCAGUUGCUACGACAAAGGUUGGCUCUUCAAGUUGACAGUUAACAAUCCCGCAGAAAUUGAAAAACUCAUGAGUGAGGAGCAAUAUCAAGAGUUUCUUAAAGCUGCAGAACAUUAAUUGUAGGAUUUAUAUUUCGCCUGGUGUUACAAAAUGCUAACAAAGUCUUGUUUUAUUUGUAUUUUUUACGUAUAUCAUAAAGUUGGAAUUCUUGGCUUGCUUUACUCUUUUGCUAUACGCUAUAAAAGGGGUUUCACUCAACAUAAACUUAUAAAUGUUGAAUAUCGGUAAUUUAUCCUAUCGUUUUUGUAAUAUAGUUUAGGACUUAUUUAGUUUGUAUAAGUGUUGCCAAGCAGCCCAGAACAAUUUUUUGUCUAAUACCACAGGUAAUGCAUUUACAUGUGUUUUGGCGCGCCAUAAUAUAAUGAAGAAAAAUCAA